UGGGCGGGAAUAGAGGCGACCGUCGUGAAGGACGACGAAGGGAAGAUGAAAGGGUACUCUGAAGACAUAGACACCCUCCUCGUAUUCGCCGGUCUGUUCUCCGCCGUCCUCACCGCCUUCGUUAUCCAGACAUAUCAGAUGCUCCAGCCAUCUAGCGCCGACCUCACGAACCAACUCCUUACUACCAAUAACCAGAUCCUUGCCGAAAACAACCGGAUCCUUGUCCAGGGACUCUCCGCCGUCCUCACCGGAGCUCCGUUCUCCCCUCCUCCGCUGACGUCUCCCGUAGAUCCUCCGCCGUUCGAGCCAUCGACUCCGGCGCGAUGGAUCAACACCCUGUUCUUCAUCAGCCUCGUCCUCAGUCUCGCUGCCGCCCUGAUAGGAAUCCUGGUCAAGCAAUGGGUGCGUGAGUACAUGCAGUGGAAUUCGACUCUUGCAGCGCCGCGCGAGAAUGUCAUGGUGCGGCAAUUCCGAUUCGAGGCGUGGGAAGCCUGGAAGGUCUCGGCGAUCGUCUCGACGGUGCCGGCGCUGCUCGAGGUCGCCAUGAUCCUGUUCCUCAUUGGCAUGGUCAUUCUUCUCUGGACCUUG